AGUUGAAUAAAUUAAAGUAUAAUAGAUAUGUCUAUGGAGGUUGUAAAAUCGGUAAAUGAACAUAUAAAUAUAUAUUGGGGAAGAGUGGAAUUUGCUUAAAAGAUAUCCAAGUAUAUUGAUAAUAAUUUGAAUGGAUAUAGAAUAUCGGUUCAUUGUACCAUAUACUGUAUUGCACUGUAGCCACAUAAUCUGAAAUCUUAUUUAUUGCAGUUGUGAAAGAGUUGAAAAUGAUGAAGGAUGUAGAUGACGUAGAAAGUAAUGAUGGCUCAACAGGAGAGCGAAUUGUAUUAAUUUCUAAAUCAGGGGGUCGUCAUCAAAUAGACAAAAACAUCCUUCAUUGGUUCAGUGAUUAUUUCAAAGGUUUGGUGAACAGUGGAAUGAGAGAUGCCCAUUGUAGAGAGCUUACGUUGGAUUGUUUAACGAAUGAAUCCUUAAUAGAAGUGAAGGAUUAUUUAUCAGAGUAUUCAACCGAAGUGAUGGAAAGCGGAGGUACUUGCCUGAAGUCAUUGAAUGAAGUAGAAGCAGGGUUGGAAGGUGCCUUCUAUCUACUAAUCAAUAAUAUGAUUGACAGCUACAUUGAAUUGUUGUUAAAACAUUUGAAUGAGUCAACAUGCAUUCGUAUCUUGGACAUUGCAAACAAGUACGUUCUAAUUAACCAGUUGGAAGAAAAAGUUAUUAAAUGCAUGUCAAAAAAUUUUAAAAAUAUCUCAGAAAGCUCCAAAACAUUAUUAUCACCAGACGAAAUGUUUUGCUUGGUUGCAUCGGAGGAAAUAAAUGCAAAUAGCGAGAUGGAUAUUUUCAAUAUGAUAAUCAAGUGGAUUUUGAAGAAUCAGUCAAGGAAAUGUUUUGCAGAAAAAUUGUUGGCCGAAGUAAGGUACAGUCUGAUGACAACCACUGAGAAACAAAAAUGUUCCGCCGUACUUUGUGAUCUGAAUUUACAUAUUAACCAUAGUAAAGAUAAAGAUUCAAAUAUUUCUCGUACAGUUGGCAUGCUCUUUGCGACUGGAUCACCUAAAAACGUGAAUCUGAUUGGAGACGUUGUCCAUUUUAUUCCAGUUUAUGAUUUUGUUGAAGCUUGCAAGACCAGUAGUAACUGCAAUGUUGAGCCAAUACCCAUCAAAUUCAAACCACCAAGAAGAGUGGGACAACCAUUGAAAAGGCUUUAUUAUAAAGCCAGUAUGGUUGACAACUGUUUGUAUCUAAUCGAAGAGGGAAGGGGUUUAACGAUGACUUCUAAAGUUUCCGCAUACAAUCUGGUUACUGAUGUCUGGUUUAAGUGUUGCAGCAUGCAUCUUGAAAGGUGUAAUUUCUACCUGGGAGGACUAGAUGGUCAUCUAUAUGUAGUUUCUGGUUACACCCCCGGCGUCUACGAAACUCCAACAGUUGAAAAAUACAUACCGAGUGAAAACCGAUGGUACAUGGUGGAACCUUUAUUUCUUGCUCUACCAAGUCUGGCAGGUUGUGUGUGCAAUGGCAUGAUAUAUGUUAGUGGUGGACGUGAUAAAGGAGCCAAUGUACGGAAUGUGGUGUACCGGUAUGACCCUUCCUACAACAAAUGGUUCUCGAGGGCUCCCAUGUUGACGGCACGUUGUGCCCACCUAAUGACAAGCACGGAGAAUAAAAUUUUUGCUUUUGGAGGUUCAAAAGAGCCAAGUGUGGAUUUUAUUCUAAGUGAUGUAAUGGAUGGAGAGAUGUAUGAUGUAGAGAGUGACCAGUGGUCAUCUGUGUUGAAGCUGAAGAUGCCUGUUUCGUAUUUACCAUCCAUCACCAUAAACAACUGCUUCUACAUUUUUUAUGAAUGUAUGGCCAGAUGGGACUAUCCAUUUAUUCAAAAAAUUAAUCUGGCCAAGUACUUGAAGAAUAAGAAAACGUCAUAUGAUUCAAGUUUAUCAUCAGUGCAAUGCGGGAAUGCUAAUAAUAAAAAUCUCGUGACGAAUGAAGCAAAGGAACAGAAUGAUGCUGAGUCUGAUGAUGACUGCCAAAUUUUGAACUAUUUUCUACCUAACUAUGGCAAUAGAACGUUGGAAUGUCAAUAUGUUGGUGUCAUGUCUGUAUCGGACCUCGACGGUAGCAACAAGAAAACCAUGUUGGAAUGCGUAAAUAGCUUCUACAUUGUUAAGGAUGCUGGAACCAAAAUUAAUCCUCGUUGUCCUCCCGUAAUGGCAUUACAUUGCAAAUUAUUUUUCUUUCACAUCAAAAUCAAAUCAUUGGGUCUUGUGACCGAGUGGCUAGCGUGUCCGUCUACCACUUCCACGACCCGGGUUCGAAUCCUGCAGUUUCUACAGAGCCAGAACCACAAAUUGGACCGGAACCUAUCGAAGAAACCUCAGGCUGGCGACCUUUCGCACAAGCCCGUCUACAACAAAACAAUCUACGACCUGCCCCUGGCCAUGAAGAAUCAAAACCAACAGCCGAUGUGUGACGAAGGGGCCGAGAACAUCAAGAAGGAUUUUUCCGCCUUCGUGGAUGCUGAGGAACUGGAGGAGAGAAAACAAAAAAUCGUCAUGAAAGAGAACGCCACUGAAGAUGACAUUGCUGCCUUCAAGAUACAAAAAGUAAAGUACGAUACGAUCGUAGAUACGAAGUUAAAACGAGAAGCAGCUUAUGCACUGGUUUGUGCGAUCGAAACAAGGAAACCAAAGAGUGCUGGCUUAAUGCACUGCUCAUGA